AGAACUUAAUAGGUAUCCCCCACCUCUAGGUAAGAAGCAGCCGCUCAUGAGGGCCGUGGAUCGAGUGGAGCUCUCCGGAGACGCCGAGGGCCUGAUGGCUGCUGUACAGGCGCGGCGCACGCGGCACAUACUCCCUCGGCUCUCCGCCGACGGCACCGUCGAGUACGCACUCGCUCUUCCUAAACCAGGACAGAGACGGACGCCUCAGCAGGGCUCCGGGGCCGAUCUGGACUGGGUUCUGAACGGAGGCCGGGGUCACAGCUCUCGCUCAGACGUGGAUCCGACGGAUAACGCGCCUCAGCAGAGGAGGAUGGUGAGCGCUGGGAAGAACAAGCUGCCCUGGGAGAGAUCGGCCCUCUCUGUGGAGCUUCAGACCAAUGGAAGGUCACCUGAUCAGCAGGUUAGCAGUGAAGAUCCAUCCUCAUCCAUGAGACACACUGGAGCCAAAUACAGUCCAUCAGAACCUCUCCGGUCUCCAGGCCGGACUCGCAGGUCUCUGGGUCGACUGCGCCGCAGCGGGAGUUUGGACUCGGAUCCAGACAUUUUCAAAGCGGCCAAUCGCUCCGAGUCUGAGAAAGGUUUGCCCAAGACGAGUCGUUUCCCGUCGGGCAGCGUUGAGCGAACCUUCUCCCUCCCGACUAGCUCCACACCUCCGGGCUCGUUUCUUCUGCCCUCGUACCCGCUGACCGCGCUAACAGAGAGUCUGCUGACCCCGACCUUACCGCGCAGAAACCACGCUGACCCCUCGCUGUCCAUGUCCAACACGUGGCCCAACAAACCUGACAUCAGCCCUCACCGCAGGAGCGACGGCUCUGGUGAGGUGAGCUCCAGAAAACGCUCUCCGCUGCCUCCUCGAGCUGUACGGGCCUCAUCCGUCCAUCAGAGCCCAAACAGCAGCAGACCCUCGUCGCAGGACAAACAACCGGACAGAAACCUGCACCUGGAUCUGACGGUCAGCAGCGGCGCAGGAGAGCCGGAGGACGAGCCGCUGGACCACGAGGAGAUGCUGAACUCCUUGCUCUCGUUGAGGAACAGCGCUGCUAAGAAGCGGGCCAAAGUCAGCGCGAGCAGCUCUGAGCCGGAUCCAGACAGUCCAGACUCGGCGGUGAAGCUGGAGCUGGUUCCUGAUUCUCCGGAGCAGACGUCUCCAUCCGUCACCAGCCCUCUGAGCGAGAGCGGCCUGAGCAGCCUGUACUCGCCCCCGUCGCCCAACGGCACCAAGAGCAGCCCUGUGAACUCUGCUGUGAAACCACGAGUGCCAUCAGGAAGACACGUCACAGCAGACGUCAGCGCUCGAGGUGUGUAUACGGUGUGUGUUACGUGUCCUCUGUGUGUGUGUGUGUGUUCAUCACCGCAGAUCAGAGCCGCCGGCCGCGAGCCGCUCCGCGCUCUCAGACCCGCUAAAGGAUCUCAGCAGCGCGUGUCGUGCAGUCGUGACAUGUCAGAGGGUGUGAUCGGACGAGGAGUGUUCGGUUCGGUUGUUCUGCCCAGUCGUCUCAGUGUGGCGUCUUCUCCCGAGCAGUGUGACUCGGCCGGUAAAAGCGGCUUCACCAGCGCACUCGUCGAGUCUGACGCCAGUCCUGAACCAGAGGAGCUGCCGGUCACUCAGGAGAGAGUCAGACUCUCCAAGUGUGCGAGCGACAAGAUGCAUCAGCAGGACACGCCCCCCGCUCAGGACCCAGUGAGACACCGCAUGCUCAUCAACGAUGUGAAAGACGUGAGUCUGAACGGAUGCGAGUCGCUCUCUGAUGAAUCUCCCUCCUGCCCGACUGGAUCGCAGAAUCCAGUGAAAUAUCUAAGCCCCGCCCAUCAGCCCGCCCCCCCGACCAGCCUGCCCAAUAGGAAUGCAGCGCCACGACUGAGACGGGUGUCUAGUCUGAACCGGAUCAGACCACCUGCGUCACACAGCUCCAAUGAGUUGAUUACUGGGAGUCUGAAGAAAGAGGGUCAGGAUCAGGCAGACCUGCGGCCGUUCUCUAAACCGGAGCUGGCGCUAACGCAAAGCUUCAGACUGAUCGCCGCAGACGACUGGGAGAAGAAGAUCGAGGGGAUGAACUUCCUGCGUAGUUUGGCUCAGUAUCAUCCUGACGUGCUCAUGAGCAGGAUUCAUGACGUGUGUCUCGCUCUCAUUCAGGAGGUUCGUAACCUGCGCUCCGGCGUGUCUCGUGUGGCUGUGGUGACGCUGGGAGAGAUGUUCGCGGUGCUGCAGAAGGGAAUGGAUCAGGAGCUGGAUGGGACGGUCAGAGCUCUGCUGCAGAAAGCCGGAGAAUGCAACGCCUUCAUCAGACAAGACGUGGAGCGAGCGCUGGAGAGCAUGGUGCAGCACUGCACUCUCACACGCAGCAUGAGCGCGCUGCUCGCCGGAGGACUCGGGCAUCUGAACUCAGUAGUGCGCAAGUGUGCGGCUCUGCAUCUCAGCGGUCUGGUGGAGCGGGUCGGAGCCGCUCGUCUGCUGUCUGGAGCUAAAGAUCUGACCGACCGCAUCCUACCAGCCGUCUGUAAGCUGGUGCAGGACUCGUCUCAGGAGGCCAGGUACUUUGGUCGACGCAUGCUGCUGUUUUUGUCCUCUCACCGUGACUUUGAUAAAAUGUUGGAGAAGUGCAUCUCUGCUAAAGACCUGCCGACCAUCAGAGACGCCGUCUUCACGCUCAAAACCAAGGGUUUGGGGGAGAUGCCUCAGGAUGCUCCGUCGGCGCGGGGCAGGCGCUCUCUCCCAGGUAGUGGGCUGGUGCGCACCUCGUCCCUCACACGUGAGCCUCUGAGCGGCAGCAGGGAUUGUGGGCAGGCGGUGAGUAAAGCGGCCGUGCACAGCCUGGCGGACCGGAGCGAGUACGUCAAACAGAUGAAGACGCUGCUCAACUCCAAAGACUUCAGGGAGAGAAUCAAGGCCAUCGAUCAGCUGGUGUGCGACUGCGAGGAGAACCCGGCUCUGGUCAUCGGCAGCCUGUUCCCGGUGUUUGAUGAUCUGAAGGUGCGUCUGCAGGAGUCCAACAGUAAGGUGAACCUGCGGGCUCUGGAGGCUCUUCAGCCCAUCAUCGCUCUGCUCAGAGACAGUCUGGCUCCAGUGCUCAACAUCCUGAUCCCCGCCGUCGUGGACAAUCACCUCAACUCCAAGAACAGCAGCAUCUCCACGGCGGCGCUGGGAGCCGUUCAGGCUCUGAUGCACAACAUCGACAACAGCCUCCUGCUGCAGCCCUUCUGCUCCAAAGCCCAGUAUCUGAGCGGGAAAGCCAAGCUGGACCUCAUCGAGAGAGUCGCAGAGCUGGUGACGGAGCUGUACCCGCGCAGACCGCAGCUGGUGGAGCAGAAGGUUCUCCCAAUAAUACACUUUCUGAUUUAA